AUGACCCACGAUCAUGAGGCCAAGAUCCGGACUGGCCUAGAAGCUUCGGCUUUAGCGCCGGCUGACAAUGAAAUCCCACCAGACGCGCCUCAGGGCAGAAAAGUGUCAGUGCUGGGUGUGGAGGUGGUAGACCGAGGAACAUGGUCGGGCCCACUCGACUUCUUGAUGUCCAUGAUUGCUUAUGCUGUUGGUUUAGGUAUGGUUUUCCAAAUUUUGUAAAAUUUUUAAAAAUGUGUAUAGACUAAUAUAAUAAUUAAAAACCUUACCUUGGGCUAUUUUAGGUAAUGUCUGGCGUUUCCCCUACCUGUGCUUCAGGAACGGUGGCGGUACCUUCCUUGUAGCCUAUGCCAUCUUCUUCUUAUUAGCUGCCGUCCCCAUCUUCAACAUGGAAGUUACAGUAGGUCAAUACCUCCAACGUGGCGCUAUGGAAAUCUGGGGGAUGUGUCCUCUGUUUAAGGGUGUCGGUAUUGGCAAUGUUGUAAUUGCUUUUAUGUGUAUAUCUUACUUUUGUGUGAUUGUCGCUUGGGCCAUCUACUACAUGAUCGCCUCUUUCAACUCCACCUUCCCUUGGGAGACGUGUAACAACUAUUGGAAUGACAACAAGUGUGUUACUGGCAAGGAAAGCCAAGCUGAUUUGCAUCGAACUGUAGCCAAUUUGUCACGAUACGGUCUGAGCACGGAGACUUCUGUGGAACAGUAUUGGGAGUGAGUAAGAAGGGCUUUGGAUUUGUGAAGUUGUUGAGAAAGAUUUUAAAAGAUCUGAUUAAUAGGGCUAGAAAAUGUUAUAUUGUUUUACAACUCUUGAAAAAAAUUUGCUACCUUGGCAUUUUCCUGAAUUAUAUGUGAGUUAAAAAUUAUUUUACUGUAGUUUAAUGUGUGGCACCCUUUUUGAACAGAAUUUAAGGAAAACGUAAAUUUUUGAGUUUAUGAAAAUAUUUACAUAAAAUAUUAUUUUUAGACGCCGUGUACUGAUGUUGAGCGACGACUUGUCAGACUUUGGUGGAAUCCAAUGGGAAUUAUUUGGAAUCAUGAUUAUUGCCUGGGUUAUUGUCUACUUUGCCUUAUGGAAGGGCAUUACUCAAGCUAGAAAGGUAAAGCUUGAAAAUCUGUAGACAUUAACGUAAAAUAUAGCUUUAACUAACGUAUUUUUUAACAAAAAAUGUGAAAACUUAAUUUUAAAGCAAUUUUUAAAAGAAAAAAAAAUGAAUUUAAUUUAUCGUCUAUGCUUUAUAUACUAUAAUAAUAUGUUUGAAAAAAGUUACAGUGCAUUAUUACAAGCACAAAAAAUUAAUUACAGGCUACAUUAAUCUAAACCGAAAUUUCAGUUUGUGUACUUCUGCGCUCUCUUCCCCUACUUUUUGAUCGUCGUUCUUCUGAUCCGUGGCCUAACGUUGCCUGGGGCAUUAACUGGAAUUUCGUUUUAUUUGACGCCAAAUAUUACAAAACUGGCUGAACCGGCUGUCUGGAAAGAUGCUGGCACGCAAGUCUUCUACUCAUAUGGUGUUGGUUUUGGUACUCUGAUAGCUUUGGGAUCACACAACAAAUUCAACCACAACUGCUAUCGGUAAGAGAGUAAAAUACGUUGUUGAAUGAAAUUGGUUAAAAUUACUAAAUUUGUCAAAAAAAAUGUUCUAUCUUAUAUUAUACGUAUACGUAAUUAUUUUCAGUGACGCAGUAAUCAUGUGUUUUAUCAACGGAUCGACAAGUAUUUUGGCUGGUUUGGCCGUGUUCUCCAUCCUUGGCUACAUGUCAGUGGUGGCCGAGAAAGACAUAGCCGAAAUUGUGAAACCGGGCGUGGGAUUGGCAUUCUUGGCUUAUCCUGAAGUGGCUAGCAACUUGCCGAUGAAACAAGUCUGGGCUUUCUUGUUCUUCUUGAUGAUCACCAUCUUGGGAUUGGACAGUCAGGUAUGACUUUGGCUGUUUUAUAUUGUUAUAGCUUGUUUUUGAUGAGUUGGAAGUUAAAAAUAGUACUAUAAGUUUUAGUAUUAAAAACGAGAUAUUGUGCAGUACUUUCUGGACUGUAUUUUACUAUUAUAAACUUACUUUAAACGUAGUUAUCUACAAUGUCAGGUCUAACAUAAAAAAUUAACAUAAAUCUUUUUAGGUAUGCAUGAUGGAAGGUCUCUUUACUGCUUUGGAAGACACUUUCCCAACAUUACUUCGAAAACACAAGAAGAAAUCGCUGUUAGUUACUUGUAUAUUCUUCUUUAUACUUGGUAUACCGAUGGUAACAUACGCUGGAUCUCAUUGGCUGACUUUGGUCGAUAAUUAUGGCGCUUCAGGCUACGCUUUACUGUUUGUCGUAUUCUUUGAAGUCGUUGGCUUGUCGUGGGGAGUUGGUACGUAAAUUUUAGUCUUUAAAAUCUUCGUUUUAAAAAUUUUUAUAAAGUUUAAAAAGCGUGGCAAAGAUAUACAUGUAAAGUAAAACAUACGUAUAUCAUUAUGCUGAUCAGGGACGUCGUUUGGGUGGGGGGUGACUCCUCCCCCCAGAGCCGAUCCGAAAAAAAAUCCACGGGUAGGUACUUGUACGUGAAAAAACGAAAAAAAAUUUUCGAAAAAUUUUAUAUGAGUAAGAAAAAUUUUAAAUGAAUAAGAUGUCUAAGUUGUUUUUUGGCUUUAUAGGUAACAAACCGUAAAAACUCAUUUUAAAAUUUGAAAUUUAGGCGCCGGACGUAUUAAGAACGGUUUAUACGAAAUGAUUGGUCGGUACCCGAACCCAAUGUUUCCUAUCCUAUGGAAGUACGUCUCUCCAGCUAUUACUUUUGUAAGUUUAAUUUUAUUUUAUUGUUUCCUAAAUUACAUAUUUUAUUAUAUAGGGCGUUCAAAUAAUUCGUUGCUCUCUAACUUUUAAAAUUUACUUUGAGUAAUGGCACUGAAUCAUUUGAACAACAUAAUACAAACUAUUGGUGCCAGCGUUCUCACUUAUCAAGAAAUGAAAAUUUAAAAAAAAGUUACAAUAAAAUUGUUUUAGGUAAUGUUCUUCUUCUGUACUUUCAUGUACACGCCAGUAAAGAACGCCAACGGCCUGGACUAUCCCCAAUGGGCUCAAAUCUUUGGCAUCUCUUUAUCACUAUGCUCGAUGGUGGUCAUUCCAGGCUAUGCCAUCUAUUACCUACUGACCAAACCCAAAGGACAAACCUUUGCGGAACGUUUUAUCACUGGAGUUCAUCCGCCGAAGGACUUGGACGAUCAGCUGGAACGACGACGCCAACGUGCUCACGCUCAGAAGGAAGAAGAGAUGCAAUUCAUCGACAAAAACAACGUCUGA